AUGCUAAAUCAUUCUCCAAACAAUGGAGGAUCAAACAAUUCCGAACUAACCUCAUCAUCUAAACAAAAACCAGAACCUAUUAAUAUUAAUUAUUUGGAGUUAUUCAAAAAUGUAAAGAAUUUUCUAUACAAUGAAGACAUUUUUAAAGAUUCCGAUGAAAAUAUUAUUAAACAAGGAUGUGCUCAACAUUAUAUUAAAUUGGAAAGGAAGGGUUUUUCUCAUUUCCCUGAUUUUAUAUUAUACAGUAAAUCUUUAAAAACAGAAUUGGAUGUUUUGAUUUUAUCUCAUAAUGAAAUUAGAGCAAUUCCUCCUGAUAUUAUUCAAUUAGAGGCUUUGAAAAUUCUCGAUUUGAGUCAUAAUCAUCAUAUUAAAAACUUUACCUACGAAUUAAUGAAUUUGAAAAAUUUAAUUGGAUUAGAUUUGAGUUAUAAUAUUAUUGAGAGAAUUCCUGAUGCCUUUUUUGAAAAGAUGAAGACUAAAAUUAUGGUAUUAAAUCUUGCUAAUAAUAAUAUUCAUUCAAUUAGUAACGGAAAUUGGGCUGAUUUUGCUAAAAAACUAAUAGAUCUCAAUUUAUCAGAUAACAAAAUUGUACAUAUACCAGAUUCAUUGUGUGAAUGUUAUAAUUUGACAUCGUUGAAUUUAAGUGCAAAUUUCAUUCAUCAUUUACCAUAUGAUUUUUACAAGCUGAGGAAAUUAAAAUAUCUACAUUUAAACAGAAAUAGAUUAUCUGAUUUACCAAUGAUUGAAUAUGAAAAUGGCGAUUUUAGUAUAUUUUAUGAUAUGGAACUAUUGGAAAAUUUAGAUAUUUCACAUAAUUCAUUGAGUGAAGAAUACCUAAAUGGUUUGGGAACACUUCCUAAUUUGAAAAAGUAUUCCUUUUCACAUAAUAAUAUUGUAACAUUAACUCAAAGUUUUGGGAUUUCCCACUCAUGUAAAUAUUUACAAACUGUACAUUUGUCAAGUAAUUUGUUGGAUGAACUGCCAACUAUUUUGGCUGAUAAUUUAGGGAAUACCUUGAAAGAAUUGGACAUUUGUAAUAAUAACAUCUCAAAUCUAGGAGAUAAUUUCCACAAAUUUGUUGUAUUGGAAAGACUUUUGAUGAAUAGAAACUUUCUGACAGAAUUACCAGAAUCUAUUGGAUCUCUGGUUAAUUUAGUCGAGUUAAAAGCAAGUAAGAAUGAAAUUGAAAAAGUUUCUCAUCUAUGCUUCAAUGAAAAUAUGAAAAAAUUGAAGGAGGUAGAUUUGGACUGCAAUUUCAUUAAAGAGUUACCUUCUUCAAUAUUUUUAUUACCAGAAUUGAUUACCUUACGUAUAGAAAAGAAUCAAUUACAAUCUAUACCAGAUACAAUUGUAAAUAGUCCUAAUUUGUAUGGUAUUUAUGCUGCCUACAAUGAAUUGAAAGAGCUGCCAGAAAAUAUUGGGCUUUGUAAAUGUUUGAGAAAAAUACAUGUUGGUAAGUACUCAUCAUUUUACUACAAAUACUCACUCCUGAAAAGAGUAUAA